AUGCUAAGCUUGCGCUUCGCUGUAACGCGCUUUGGCCGCCACAGGGUAGCGAAUAUAAGCUCAGUUGCGAAAGCUGCCACGGGUUCCCGUGUGUGCGCACUGUCCAUACUGAACGAGCACAAAGCAUUUCUCCGUGGCCUCAAUGACGCCGUAUACACGUUCUACAGCCCACUUGUCGAGGGUUCUGUGGGCCAACAUACGCGGCACUCGCUAGACCACAUAAGCAAGCCACUAGAAAUGCUGAGUGCAACAAAGGAAGAAGGCAGCGCGUGUUUGGUGCACUACGACGUGCGCGACCGCUCUACUCGUGUGGAGAAGGACCGUCAUGCGGCAAUUGAGCAAAUCGAGCAUCUGGAGAAAUUGGUUUGCAUUGUGCCACAAAGCAACUUGGCGCGGCCAGUCUAUGCCUCCUUCAUGCUAUCGGCUGACGGUGACGAAAUUGACUUUAAGUCUACAUUCAGCCGCGAGUUGGCCUUUGCUGUUCACCACUUUAUCCAUCAUAACGCGUUGUCAAAGGUGUUGCUGCGCCAGCACUUUCCAGAGACAAGUUUGCCCGAGGGCUUCGGUAUGGCGCCAUCCACAGCCAAUUGUAAUGUAAUACAGAACGAAUAA